GUGCUGGCUGUAGACUGGCAAGGACAUCGGUAGAUGGAAUGACUUUGUAUAACAUUAGCUACUGGCCUCGGAAAUUGCGGGAAAAACGUCAAUCCUUGUAAGCGGAGAUAAAAUAUGAGUUGCACAGUUUGACCAAACAAACACACGCCUGCAUCACAGCCCUAGUUAACUAAUAAAGCUUGUCUAAUGGUGUCUGCUCACUGAAUCUGUCAUUGGGGUCACCCCUGCCCCUUCCUGAGGUGAAUGGCUGUGUGCAGAGGGGGUGCUGCUUUCUGGGUGGGGUGUCUCUGGAGCCAUGGCAGCAGUCAACUCAGAAGGCAGCCAUGUUGGACUAUAUAUCAGAUGCUUGAACAGCCCUUGAAUGGCUCCACAAGGACACUGUGCAGUGCAUCGUGGGCCCUGGCACCACCAAACAGCCUACGCUAUCAGAACCUGAAACAUCCGUCCCUGUCGCACCCGUUCCACCAUGCGAGUCAGCCCCAGACAGCAGCUGUCCUGGAUGAGGACUGGGACGAGACGGUCAGCUUGUGCGUGCUGCUGCGACCCAAGGAGUCUGAGGGGCAGCACACCCUCGUGGAGGUGUCACACUUUGGGCAGGCUAAACUAAGCGAGCUCCUUGCUCUGGGACCUAACAGGCCCUUUGAGCUCCUCCUUCCUUUAACGACUGUUGACGGUUGCAGGGAGGAUGACAUUAGCAUUACAGCGAAGGACAGGAAAGAAGGAUGUGCGGAGGGAGCGACUCUUGGGAAAGAGACAGGAUCCUUCCGGAGUCUUUUUGAGACGGAAGGCUGUCCUGCUCCGUUUGUGUUGGGCUCACACUUCUACUGUUUUCACUGCCCGGCGAUGGAGCCCUUGGCCAGCAGUGGAAAUAGGCUUAACUUGAGGCUCAGACUAGAGGCGCAGGCCUCAGGCCCCCCCCCACUCCCCUCGGUCUCCUACUACGAAGAUGAACCUGACCGGGUAGCGAGGAGCAGGAGUGACCGUGAGCGGGAGGACGAGGAGAAGCUGGCAGUAAUGUAUGAGCGGCUGAGGCUAGAGCUUCCGCAGCUUUUGGUGAAAACUCAUGACUAUCGCCUCUACUCCAAUGACAUCGAGUUCAUCAAUGGACUUAUUAACACCAAGACCAAGGGCCGUAUGCUGUAUCAGCUGACCCUGUCCCUGUGGCGAGUGACGUGUUUGUGCUAUUACGCGGAGGCGCGGAUAGAGGUGCUGAAGCUGACCAAGCACCCCGAGGACGGCUCGGUGCGAGCGCGCUGGAGGAUCCGAGGCCUGCCCUUCCACAUGCUGCUGCUGCGCUUCUACAAGAAGGACAAGAGCCGUCUCUAUAGGAGUUACGAUGCUUUCUCCACAUUCUACCUGGGCUCUGAUGGUCUCAUUCACUGUCAUAGAGUGGAAAAGGUGAUGCAGGCCCCGCCGCCGGUGUUGCCCGGGGUGACCUCGCUGUUGGCCGGGGCGCUCGUGGCUCUGGGCUUCCAAGAGCACCGGCCAGCUGUCAACCUGUUGCCCUUCCUGCUGUCCUCCUUCAGGCAGGGCCGAGACUGAGUCUGAGGGUGGUGCGCAGCGUUUGUUUGCCAGAAUGGGAGAGACAGACAGAGAGAGAUGGACUUUAAAGGGCCUGAGGAGGGCUGAAAGAGGUUUGAGCAGGAGAGAGAGAGAGGGACAGAGAAGGUGUGAAAGAUCUGUCAAAGAGGUAAGGGUUUUGUUUGGAGGCAAAGAGAGGAAGGAAGAAUGAUGCCUACAAUCCUAGAUAGGAAGAAAUAAUCAUUUUAAAAUGAGUAAUAUCAUCACUUGAAAAUGACUCCCUUUGUUGUUGUUUUUUAUCUUUGCUUUUCCCCAGCUUCAACUGUACAGGCAAGCUAAAACCCUCAAUGUGUAUUCUUCUGUCUCAUGUAGCUAAGAGGAAAAUAUUGUAGUGUUUGUGAAUAGUUGGUUAAAACAUGACCAGAACUGUUAUGCAAUGCC